AUGGAAAAAAUUCUCUUUUAUCUGUUUUUCAUUGGCAUAGCAGUGAGAGCUCAGAUCUGUCCAAAGCGUUGUGUCUGUCAGAUUUUGUCUCCUAAUCUCGCAACCCUUUGUGCCAAGAAAGGGCUUUUAUUUGUUCCACCAAACAUUGACAGAAGAACUGUGGAAUUGCGGUUGGCAGACAAUUUCGUUACAAAUAUUAAAAGGAAAGAUUUUGCCAAUAUGACCAGCUUGGUGGACCUGACUCUAUCCAGGAAUACAAUAAGUUUUAUUACACCUCAUGCUUUUGCUGACCUACGAAAUUUGAGGGCUUUGCAUUUGAAUAGCAACAGAUUGACUAAAAUAACAAAUGAUAUGUUCAGUGGGCUUUCCAAUCUCCAUCAUUUGAUAUUGAACAACAAUCAGCUGACUUUAAUUUCUUCUACAGCAUUUGAUGAUGUCUUUGCCCUUGAGGAGCUGGAUCUGUCCUAUAAUAAUCUAGAAACAAUUCCUUGGGAUGCCGUUGAGAAGAUGGUUAGUUUGCACACACUUAGUUUGGAUCACAAUAUGAUUGACAACAUUCCGAAGGGGACUUUCUCCCACUUGCACAAGAUGACUCGGCUAGAUGUAACAUCAAAUAAAUUGCAAAAACUACCACCUGACCCUCUCUUUCAGCGAGCUCAGGUACUAGCAACCUCAGGAAUCAUAAGCCCAUCUACUUUUGCAUUAAGUUUUGGUGGAAACCCCUUGCAUUGCAAUUGCGAAUUGUUGUGGUUGAGGCGUCUGUCCAGAGAAGAUGACCUAGAGACCUGUGCUUCUCCUGCACUUUUAACUGGCCGCUAUUUUUGGUCAGUUCCUGAGGAAGAGUUUUUGUGUGAGCCUCCUCUCAUCACUCGUCAUACACAUGAGAUGAGAGUCCUAGAGGGUCAAAGGGCAACACUGAGGUGCAAAGCCAGGGGAGAUCCUGAACCUGCAAUUCACUGGAUUUCUCCUGAAGGAAAACUCAUUUCAAAUGCAACAAGAUCUCUGGUGUAUGACAAUGGCACACUUGACAUUCUUAUAACAACUGUAAAGGAUACAGGUGCUUUUACCUGCAUUGCUUCCAAUCCUGCUGGGGAAGCAACUCAAACGGUGGAUCUUCAUAUAAUUAAGCUCCCUCACUUACUAAACAGUACAAACCAUAUCCAUGAGCCUGAUCCUGGUUCUUCAGAUAUCUCAACUUCUACUAAGUCAGGUUCUAAUGCAAGCAGUAGUAAUGGUGAUACUAAAUUGAGUCAAGAUAAAAUUGUGGUGGCAGAAGCAACAUCAUCAACAGCACUACUUAAAUUUAAUUUUCAAAGGAAUAUUCCUGGAAUACGUAUGUUUCAAAUCCAGUACAAUGGUACUUAUGAUGACACCCUUGUUUACAGAAUGAUACCUCCUACGAGCAAAACUUUUCUGGUCAAUAAUCUGGCUGCUGGAACUAUGUAUGACUUGUGUGUCUUGGCCAUAUAUGACGAUGGCAUCACUUCCCUCACUGCCACAAGAGUCGUGGGUUGCAUCCAGUUUACUACGGAACAGGAUUAUGUGCGUUGUCAUUUCAUGCAGUCCCAGUUUUUGGGAGGCACCAUGAUUAUUAUUAUUGGUGGAAUAAUUGUAGCAUCUGUGCUGGUUUUCAUCAUCAUUCUAAUGAUCCGGUAUAAGGUUUGUAACAAUGGGCAGCACAAGGUGACCAAGGUUAGCAACGUUUAUUCUCAAACUAAUGGCGCUCAAAUACAAGGCUGUAGUGUAGCGCUGCCCCAGUCCAUGUCCAAACAAGCUGUGGGACAUGAAGAGAACGCCCAGUGUUGUAAAAUUGCCAAUGACAAUGUGAUUCCAUCUUCAGAAACUUGUUCGAGUCAGGACCCCUCUACCACUACCUCUGCUUUGCCUCCUACCUGGACUUCAAGCACUUCUGUGUCCCAAAAGCAGAAACGAAAGACUGGCACAAAGCCAGGUACCGAACCACAGAGUGAAGCUGUCACAAACGUUGAGUCCCAAAACACUAACAGGAACAACUCAACUGCAUUGCAGUUAGCUAGCAGACCUCCUGAUUCUGUCACAGAAGGACCCACAUCUAAAAGAGCACAUACAAAGCCAAAUGCUUUGCUGACUAAUGUUGACCAGAUUGCCCAGGAAACACAGGUGAGAUUCUUAUUACUUGUCACAUACUUCAACACUUAA